AUGCAAAGAUAUAUAGUAGCUAGUCGAAUAAAUGUUGCACCUGGUGUAGGAAUAGGUGCUGGAAAUGGUGGUAAUCAGAUUGGUGGUUUGAAUACUGCAAGAGAAUUUCGUAACAAAGCUGGAGCAGAAAUUGUUUUUGGUCAACUUAUGCAAAGAGAUAUGGGUGUUGAAGAGUUCUCCACUCGAAUCAAAAAGGUUGGUAAAUUGGCUGGAAUGUCACCUGAACAACAAAGAGAGCAAUUUAUUUGUGGCUUAAAUCCUAUGAACCAAUAUAAUAUUCGAAUGAUGGCUAAAUUUGAGGAUACUCAGGAAAAUAUCACAAGAGCCUUAGCUGAAGCGGAAAAAUUUACACUUUUUCAAAGAAAUGCACCAUCUUCUCUUCUUUCUCAAACAGCUCAACAAAAUGCUGAUUUGCAGUCUACCAUUAAAUCUUUGCAAGAGACUAUGUCUCGAGCAACUAAAACUCUAGAUAAUAGUAAAAAAUCAUCUAAGAAGAGAGCGGAAAAUACUGCCAUUAAUUGCUUUUUAAGUGAUUUACUAAGAAAAAAUCCAGAUAAACACCCUACCGAUGAAUAUGAUCAUGAUCCUAUAGAAGAUAUUUCAGAUAUGUUAUAA